AUGGCUCCUGCAAAGAAGGUUUCGGCCAAGAAGGUCGAGAAGAAAACCACCACUCUCCCUCCCCAGUUGCUCGGCGCCGUCGCAUCUUUCCUCUCCGGUAAUGGCUUCUCGGCUACCAGCACUGCCUUCGCUGAGGAGCUAAAGAAGAAUGGCAACACCAAGGCCGAUGUUAAAAACGCCCCCUCCCUGGUCGAACUUUUCCAGACUUGGGACAAGACUUCUGGCGGCUCAAGCAGCAGCUCCGAGAGUGACAGCGACUCCGACUCCAGCAGUGAUAGUGACAGCGAUGCUAGCGACUCCGACGUGAGCAUGGGAGAUGCUCCCAAGUCCCGCUCUUCAUCUCCUUCCUCUUCCGCCUCAUCGAGCUCCGACAGCGACGCUGAUGACGAAGAGGAAGAUUCUUCGGCUCCCACUCCUGCCCGUGCUGCUAAGAAGCCCACUGGUGUGAAGCGCAAGGCUGAGUCUAGCAGCUCCUCCUCCGAUUCCAGCUCGGAUUCCGACUCUGAGGAUGAGGCUCCUAAGACGAAGAAGGCUAAGGUCUCCAAGGCCGAGUCUUCGUCUGGCUCUAGCUCUGACUCUUCUUCCGACUCGGACUCUAGCUCUAGCAGCUCCUCUAGCUCGAGCUCUGAUUCCGAUUCCGACUCCUCUGACUCCUCUGACUCUGAUUCCGAGGCCGAAGCCACCAAGAAGGCUGACGCCAAGGUUCUGAAGAAGGCUACAAAGACCCCGCUUCCAGAUUCUUCCAGCUCCAGCAGCUCCAGCUCGUCUUCAGAUGACAGCUCUGAUAGCUCCGAUGAGGAGAACACUGGUGGCGUCCCCGUCUCCAGCAACUCCUCUUCCGAUACCAGCGCAACGGUGUCUGCCUCUCCAGCUGCUGAGAGCAAGCCUUCACAAACCUCUUCCUCCAGCGCCAGCCCUGCACCUGGAAAUGGAGCGGCCAAGAAGAAGCACGUUGGCGCCCGCCCUACCCCUCUGGCUGCUCUGAGCCAGGAGCCCUAUGACGCCAUCUCCAACGAAUACGUUCCUUACGCCUACGCUGAACGCGCCUACGCCGAUCUCUCGGUAACUCGCGGCAAGGGAUUCACCAAGGAGAAGAAUAAGAAGAAGCGCGGCUCCUACCGUGGUGGCCCCAUCGACAUCGCGGGCGGCAAGUCCUUCAAGUUCGAUGAUUAA